AUGUCGUUCACCAUCCCAUCACAGCAGACACAGAUCGUGCUGCGCGAGCGUCCCACCGCUGCCAUCCAGCACACGCUCGGUGCCAACGACUCGACCUACGAGAAACGCACCGUGGCCGUUCCACAGGAAGCCGAGCUCAACGAUGGCGAGGUGCUGGUGCGUGUCGAGUACGUCUCUCUGGACCCUGCCAUGCGAGGCUGGUUGCGCGAUGUGCGAUCCUACCUCCCGCCCGUCCAGAUCGGCGAGGUGAUGCGCGCUGGCGGUGUCGGUGUCGUCGUUGCCUCCAAGUUCCCCGGUCUUUCCAAGGGCGACCAGGUCAGCGGUAUCCUCGGCUGGCAGCAGUACGCGCGUUUGGCCGGUAAGAGCGUCGAGAAGCGCACCAUCCGUGAGGGCGGCUCGCUGCUCGAUUACCUCGGACCGCUCGGCUCGUCGGGUCAGACGGCUUACUGGGGCAUCCUGGACGUAGCAGCCAUCAAGGAGGGUGAUGUCGUUGUCGUCACGGGCGCCGCCGGCUCGGUCGGAAGCAUCGUCGUCCAGCUUGCCAAGCUCAAGGGCUGCAAGGUCAUCGCCGUCGCCGGUGCGGAUGACAAGUGCGAAUGGCUCAAGUCGUCGCUCGGGGCCGACGAGGCUCUCAACUACAAGCACCCUGACUUCAAGCAGACCUACCGCGAGCUCGUUACCAAAAAGUACGGUUACAUCGACGCUCUUUUCGAGAAUGUCGGUGGCGAGAUCCUCGAUCUCUCGCUGCUCUGCAUGAAGCCCCACGCCCGUGUUGCGCUGUGCGGUGCCAUCGCCGACUACAACAACCCCAAACCUGAGGGUCUCAAGAACUACACCACCAUCAUCGCCAUGCGCAUCAAGAUGCAGGGCUUCAUCGUCUUCGACUACGCCAAACGCUACAGCGAGGCGGAGGACAACAUGGUCAAGUGGAUGAACGAGGGCAAGCUCGCUCGCAAGUUCCACGUCGUUGGCGAGGAGCUGGAUGCCAAGGCGAGGGAGCAGGGCCAGAGUCUGGAGCAGUGUCCCAAGGCGCUUGUUGAUCUCUUUGCCGGAAAGAAUGUCGGAAAGAUGGUCGUCAAGGUUGCUCCCUGA